AUGCCUGUGCAGCUUCAGGUGGCAUAAGAAGUCAAAAGACUAGGUUUUGAGACGGGUCUCCAUCUCUAUCUGAAAGCCCGAAGAGAAUUUGCAGCUGCCCUUCUCUCUCUCAUUCUCCUCUUUGGACGCAGUUCCAUUUGUGGUGUGUUUGGCUUCCAAGAAACUACCGUAUGUUAUUAUAAUUUUCCUUGAAUAUUUUGUUCAUGAAGUCUUAGCUAUAUCAUGGGAGUAUGAGAUCCUAAGUGUUUAUGUAUUACGAAUUUACAAUGCAAAGCUGAGAAAGUAAGACAGGUAAAAUGCAAGGAGUACUCAAAACUUUUACAUCACACGGAAGCAUUGUGAAAAAUGGAGUUUUGAGACACAUCCGUCUUGUGAAUCCCCUGCUCCAGCCUGUUGCGUUUUCACGUUUUGAGUCUGCUACGCCUGCCAAUGCCCACAUAGAAGAGCAGGGUUUUGAAAGCACCAGAAUUGCAGAUGUCUUGAAUGCAAAAGGUAAAGGUGCUGAUGGUUCCUGGCUCUGGUGCACAACCGAUGACUCUGUUUAUGAUGCUGUUAAGUCGAUGAUCCAGCACAAUGUUGGAGCCUUAGUUGUUGUGAAAUCCGGAGAGCAAAAAUCUCCCGCAGGAAUCAUAACAGAGAGAGAUUAUCUCAGGAAGAUCAUAGUUCAGGGAAGAUCAUCCAAGUCAACAAAAGUUGGGGAUAUCAUGACUGAGGAGAACAAGCUUAUCACUGUCACCCCUGACACCAAAGUUUUGUGGGCAAUGCAACUCAUGACAGAUAACCGAAUCAGGCACAUUCCAGUAAUGGACAACGGGAAAAUGGUUGGAAUGGUGUCCAUUGGUGACGUGGUUCGUGCUGUGGUGAGUGAGCACCGGGAGGAGCUAAACCGCUUGAAUGCUUUUAUUCAAGGUGGUUACUAGAUAGUGAUGAUGACGAAGAAGUGAGACGCUGCUUUAGUUGACAUGCCGGAAUGACAAACAGUAAUAACCCUCGCCCGAGUGCCUGUAUAUAUCGUGUGUUCGUUUGUGCACCUCCGGUUGUUCGACAAACAGUAAUAACCCUCGCUCGGGUGCCUGUAUAUAUCGUGUGUUCGUUUGUGCACCUCCGGUUGUUCGACAGACAGUAAUAACCGUCGCUCGAGUGCCUGUAUAUAUCGUGUGUUCGUUUGUUCACCUCCGGUUGUUGUUUGGUUCUGUACUUCCAGUUACUGUCUAAUUACAAACCUGUGGGACUAUCAAGUACUUAACAAUAAGCAAUGUUAUGUUUUGCUUAAAUCGUC